AAAGAUAACAAGGCUUGCGAUAACAAGCCUCAAGAUAUCGUUAGAGUUGAAGACGCACAAGUAACUAAUCAUGGCAGAGGCCCCACGAAACGUGUUUACUUUAAUAAAAUUUUAAUGACGUAGCUCGUUUUGUAGUGACAAUAUUAAACACAAAACGUUGUAUUAAUAGCAGGAUAAUGUAAUCAAUAUUAUUAUUAUCGUAUUGUAUAUAAGGCAAGUGUGCAGGUGGCAGCCCUAGGACCACAUUUAAUGGUUUGCGAGCCGAUGCCGUUCGAUUUCGUCGACAUAUUGUUAUCGUUACCGCCAUCACCAUGAUUAAAUGGUUUGUACAGGUGUAACGUUGUGUGCCAGUUACGUGCUGAUAAAUGUUCCUCUCAACAAAAUGCUGUGACAGUGAUUUUGUUAUCCGUGAAGUGUUUCUGUGAUAUUUGUGAGUGUAGUGCUAUUUCUCAAAAUGGAUCGAUUUAGGCAAAAAUCUAAAAAAGAAAAACCAAUGAAGUACGUCGACAAGGACCAGGCUCCGUUAUUUAUAACGGAUGUCAAGGCGAUUAAAGAGAAUCUUAAAAUCAAGGAGAUCUUACGAACCGUUAAAAUGAACAGUAGUAUGCGUAUAAAGGCACCCAAAGGGAGUAAAGUUAUGCAAAAUAAAGAUUUUAACGAUAAUGAAGACAUAUUUGGCGUGGAUCAAACUAGUGACGACCAAACCAAUGAAAACCAAAAUACACUAGACCCUCCGAGUGCAACGAAUCCCGACGUUGUUGUCGUCAGUAAUAGCAAUGAAGAAAGAGACGAAGCCAAAUCCGAGGAACCCAACGAUAAACCUAGUGAGUCGGAAGAAGAAAUACUCGAAGACUGUAUUGAAAAUGAAAGUUCGUCUGACACUAAAAUGCACGAAUCCAUCAGUGUACCCGAGGGGUUGCAAGAUUUUGUGUUAAUUAGUGAAGAAAAUAAACAAGACGUUGUGGUUAUACCAGACGUCAAAAUCGAAUCACCGUCCCCGAGCGAGAUUUUGCAUGUAAAGGCUCGCGACAGAAAACUAUCUCUGGAUCAGACUAUGCUUUCUAGACGUGGAGGUUUGUCACAGUCUGAAUUGGAUCUGAAUUCAAUUGGGAAAUCUCCGCUCGAGAGGAAAUCAUCCUUUUUUAGGAAAAAAAUGGAUAGUUUUUUGAAAAAUACGACAGAAAUAUUCAAACGACAAUCAGUAGGCAGGAGCCAGUCCAUACAGUCGAGAUGUUCCAUGUCGGUGUCUCUGCAGUCCUUGAACGAGAAUACCGCGUGUAAUGGCCACUAUGGGGAACCACUACACAAUCAUGAAGAAGAACUACAAAGGAGUACGACAAGUUUGCAGUCGUCGCCGACGGUAGCUCGAAGCGCCUCCAGUUUGUCUAUAUCUCAGAGUGAACAAACGUUGCCCGAUCAACAAAGUGAAGGCGACAGUAUUUCUGGUAGUCGACCCAUACUGAUCGGCAGUCAGCCCUUGGGAGACACAUCACCUAGUAUCAACAGUCUUAAUGAGCCGUAUAUCCCAGAGUCUAUGCUCAAUCGAGCUAUAUCCAUGAGUUCCGGUUUGGAUUCUGCAAGUGGCCAAAAUCGUCGAAAAUCAAGAUCUAACAGGGUCACGUGGCUGGCGAGUGAAGGGCUGACCAACUACUUGCGGCGAGUCAUACAAGACGAGAAGAGCAGGGAGAUAAACUUAUACCACUCGUACCAAGACUUCUCUGCCAUACCUGAAAACAAUGUGGAGCCGAAGACAGACUCUAAAGGCCGACGGCUGUCGUACCAGCGCGCCGUGUCUGGCGAAGACCCGCGCUACCUCGAGUCUAACAUCAGAAGAAAGCAACUUAUCCCCGAGAACUCUGAGCUUAAUCUGGAGCUGUCAGAUCUACUGGCCGAGUAUUCAAGAAAUGGUGUGCCAGACCUAAAGGGGUUCUGCAUCGCAAACAUCCCGGAUGAAGCCUUCGAGUACCUGCAAUGGGCUGAGAAGCCACAGAACUUGGAGGAGUUCAUCGAUUGGAAGAAAUUGCCGCAAGCGGAGGAGGCGCGGCAAGCAGUAAUUAGGGAGCUGAUCUGCACAGAAGCCGAUUACAUCCGCCACUUACUGUCCAUAGUGCAGGUGUUCAUAGCCGCUGCCCAUGGACUUCAAGAUGCGGGGAAACUGCUGGACAUAGACACGGAAAAACUUUUUACCAACAUUCCCGAUGUGCUGAAUGCGAGCCUUUACUUCUGGGAGACCACGAUCUACCCUAUGAUCGCUGAUGCCCAUGAGAAAAAAGCUCCAUUCAACACAGAGAUCAUGGCGCCAGGGUUCAUGCAUUUCCGUGACAUGUUUCAACCAUAUGAAAAAUACGUAAAUGAACAAACAAAGGCCUUGGAUUAUCUACGGUCCUUGUCCAACAACACAGACUUCAUGUGUUACCUCACAUGGUGUUACCGACAGAAAGCCUGUAAUAGGCUCCAGCUGGCUGACAUCAUGGUGAAGCCGAUGCAGCGCCUGACGAAGUACAGCCUGCUCCUUCGUCGGUUGAUUGCGCACACUGACAUUGAGCCUGAACGCACUUCUUUACAAGCCAUGGAAACGUGCGCAAAGAAUUACGUCCAGGAUCUAAACCGAUCGAUUCGCCAACGAGAAGAAUUGGAAAAAAUUGACAAAUUAGCUAAUUCUAUCGAAGCUUAUGAACUCGAUUUUAAAGAUGAAGAAUUAGACAAGUUCUUUCAUCUAUAUUCACAAUUAAAUCUUAAAGCACCAAUGGUAAACUGCUCGCCCCAUCACAGCAGGACGUUAAUACACCAAGGGGACUUACGCUAUAAAGACAACGUUAAGGAGAUGGAAGUUCGUGUCUUCUUACUCACGGACAUGCUGCUCAUUUGCAAGAAACAAUCAAAGGGCAGCUUGUAUCCGUACAAACUAGUCAGACCAAAGUUCUUUAUCGAAAGACUUUUUACAUACCCAAAAAUAAGUCAACGCAAUCCCAAAGAGAUUGCGAACUUAGUGUUCGUAGCAGUCGAUGAAGUUGGGUCAUCACUCGUAGCAUUCAGUCUAUCUGAAUCGUCAAAGGAUCCCAGCGCACAAGGAACACUAAAGAUUUGGGAACACAAAAUCCGCGAAGCCAGGUUAACAUACGACCUAGCGGUGUGGUUCACAAGGAACCCAUCGCGAGACCUGACUGAAAUGGAUGUUGAUUCGUCUUCUGAAUAUGGCCUUAGCAUACCGAGCGCGUCUAGGCCAGGCGCUAAACAAAGCUCGGAUGAACUUAACAUUGAUAGAGAAGCCCGUGAAAGAGUCGCCGCGAUGCUCCACCGAAGCCUGGGGGUGUCGACUGAGUGCGACAACUUUUCGCAGGCCUCAAUGAACACUGAUUCAUUUGAGGGAGAGUUGUCGACCAGUCACGGCGGACGAUAUUCACAUGGCCUGCGUUACCCCAUGAAAAGGAACUCCACGGGAGGUAGCUCCCGAAAUUCGAGGCUGUCUAGUUUUCAGCAGUCGACCAGCGCUGCAUCCCACGACGAGCCUCAGCCCGGCCCUAGCAGAUACAAUUACAAGGCGGGCACCUCGGUAGAACACGUUAUACCACCACAAAACCCCGACGACGGGGUGACAUCAAUAACGGUUAACGUUGUCAGCGAAAGCGAGUCAGAAACUAUAAUCCACUCGCAACCGCCACCACCGCUGGUCGUACUGCAACACUCAUCACCACACAAGACGCCGAUACCAUCGCGUAGCUCGAGCACCAGCAGGAAUACACUGCGCGUUCAGCCGCAGAACGUGGUGAUGGCGCUGGUCCACAGCUUGCCGGACCUGACGUUCGAUACCUCGCCGCCACGUCCGCAGCAAAGCCCCAGUCCUCAGUCAGCGUCUGAAAAGCUUUACCAGUCGCACCAAGAGCUCUUGCAGCGAAACCGAUUGUCAGCUCAGCAACAACAGCAUUACCUAAGUCCUGACCACCGCGGCACCAGCUACCCGCCGCCCAGUCCGACGAGAGCUUCACUCAAGCGCGGACUGGCGUUCUCGUAUUCAUUCAAGAACCCACCAUUAUCAAAAAUGGGGCACGUGAAUAGUCAGUCCCAACACGCUGAUGCCGGACCUUCCACAAGUCAAGGAUCAAAGGGAGAAAAAGGACCAUCCCCUGGUGGCCCGAGUACGGAAAAAACGGACAAAAAGUCCAAAAACGUAAGCAGCAGGCAUAAGGGCGGAUCUGUGAGCCCGGGAUCACGAAAGGAGGACAAGGGAGGCUGACAUCGACGAUGGCGCAGGGUGCGCGACUGAGUACAGCUUAGAAAACUACGCUUCGGGUGGCUUUACAAAUGGUGCUCGUAGUUUUCUUAAUAGUCACCGUAUCACAAUAACAUGCCAAGUGCUACACUGCGCCGCUGACAAUGAACUGACCAUAUAUGUACCUAUGCCAAUACUAAAUGCAUCGUGUAUAAUACAGGUUAAUACCUACCUAAGGUAAAUGCACCCAUUAUGGACACAAUCAAUUAUAUGGACAAUUUGUUACACUAACAACUUCUUAGUAAAAAUAGUAUCAUUUAUGUAAAUAUAAAUAACAUUUAGAUAUUAAUGGUUGAAUAUUUUAAAAGAUACAAUUAAAGUGAUUGAAAAAUUAUAUAAUAUCAACAGGAAAUCACGGAGAAUCGAUGGUCAGACUAGUAAAAAGAACGAGGUUUUGUUAAGAAACAAAUAAGUUCCUAGAUCAUUUUCUUAAAAAAAACCUUGAUUGUAACCGAUAAAUUAAUCUUGACCUUUUAUAGCACAAAAAUCUGGAAGAAGAAAAGUUUUAUAAUUAUGAUUAGCGACCCGCCCCGGCUUCGCACGGGUGCAAUAAUAUAAUAUUUCUCCACUAUUAUAUGGAUGAUAUUAUACUUUUAAGUA